AUGUUUUUUACGGUUUGUGUCAUUUUCUUUGGUUGCAGAAGCCCUUCGAAUGGAAUGGAAGCCGAUGAAACCAAGGUGAGGGUGCCCUCGGUGCUGUGGAUACCCCUGCUGAUAUGCGGCGCCUUCCUCUUCUUCGUAGACGUCUUCCAAAUAAACUACGACUCCCUGGUGUCCACCAGGGAACCCAUCAGGGACCUCUUCCCCGAGAAGAAGUUCCUCGCCGGUUUCGCCAUCAACACCCCGGGUUGCAGGAUACCGUACAUGGACCCCUUCGACGAACACAUCAGGAAGUUCAUAGAAGAACCCAAAGUGCCAAAGUGUAACAAGGGCAUACCUGCCUUGUACCAGUCAAACCUAACCUCGAUAUACCUGGUGAACUCUUCGCUAGUAUUCUACAACAUCACCGACCGCAGCGAGCUGAGGUGUUGCUAUAGCGCGUUUUGGAGGCAGGAACCCAAACGCAACCAGAACGACGACAGAGUGAAAUAUAGUAAGGAGUGUGUUAUCGUGAGUGAAAGUGUUAACAUCAGUGAGGAGUUUAUCAGAGUCCUGUGCACGUACGACAACAACACCGUCUACAAGGACAUGUUUUCCUUCGUUCCACUAAAAAAUGCCACCGCUGCUUCCAUGGCUGACCCGAAACCACUCAACGUGCUCGUGGUGGGCUUAGAUGCAGUAUCCAGGCUCAACCUCCACAGGCAAAUGCCCAAGACCCUCAUAUACCUCAAGCAACUUCAAGUAGUGGAACUGCUAGGUUACAAUAAGGUGGCCGACAAUACUUUUCCUAACCUCAUCCCGGUGCUGGUGGGGAUGACAGAGGGGGAACUAAGGAACAGCUGCUGGACCUCCAACAAGGACCAUUUCGACAAGUGUCCUUUCAUUUGGAACGAUUACAAGGCCAAAGGGUACACCACGGUGUACGGAGAGGAUUCCUCGUGGAUGGGACUGUUUAAUUACCAGAGGAAAGGCUUCACGAAGCAACCUACGGAUUACGGUUAUAACUUCUUCAGUAGGAUCACGGAGAAGGAGAUUGGGAACGAGCACAGCAUGAACGUGGAUCAAUGCGAAGGUGCCAGGAUGGUCUACAAAGACCUCUUGAACUACAUAAGUAAGUUCGUCGUGACAAUGGAUACGAACAAGUUGCCUUACUUUGGCUUCUUCUGGGGCGCGAGCUUAUCACACGACUACCUCAACAAGCCCAAGAUGGGGGACGAAGACUAUCGCGACUUCUUCAAGAACCUCUACGAAGAAGGCCACCUCGAACACACGGCUUUGAUCUUCAUGAGCGACCACGGCAUAAGGUGGGGGGAGAUAAGGCAGACCUACCAGGGUAGGAUGGAGGAGAGGUUGCCCUUUGUAAUCAUGUAUCUUCCGAAGUGGUACAAGGAUACAUACCAAAGGGCUUACAUAAACUUGAUGAGAAAUGCGAGGAGUCUCACCACGCCCUUCGACCUUCACGAAACGCUGAAGGACCUCUUGAAUCCCUUCAACUUGACCGAGGAGAACCUGGAGACUAAUCAAACCUCCAGGGGGUACAGUCUGUUCAGGGAGAUCACCCCUAAAAGGACCUGCGAGGACGCGGAAAUAGCCAGCCACUGGUGCACGUGCCAGCAGAGCUUGGAGGUGAAAAACACCUCUGCGAUCGUCGUACAAGCCGCCGCUUUCGCUGUAGAAUAUAUCAAUGAACAACUAGUAGGCUACGCGCAGUGCGCCAACCUUUCCGUGGACGUCAUUUUGAACGCUAGAUUGAUGACGCACCUGGAACACAUCGACGGCAAGAAUAGGAUCGAGGACUAUAUGAUAACGUUGAGGACUUUGCCUGGUGAGGGCAUCUUCGAGGUGACCGUGAGGCACUCCAAGGUAGGGGAUAAGUUUCAGGUGAUGGGAUCCAUCAGUAGGCUGAACCUUUACGGGAAGCAGAGCUCUUGUAUCACUGACUUCCACUUGAAACUGUACUGUUACUGCAAGAGUUUGUUGUACUGAUUUUUUUUUUGAGGUCUUGGUGGUUAGCCAAAAGUUUGUAACCGUACGGGUGUAGUGAAGAUCUGAACCAGACGGUGUAAGUAAGAAGCAGUGGCGGCUCGUGGAGAUUAAAGUAAUUUUGAUCUGGUCUCAAGUAGAGGACUUUCAUGAUAAAAAUAUUUCGAACUAAUUUUGUGAAAUAAAAUAGGAGUGGUGUAAAGUGAUAGAUACAAAUAGGUUUUUGUCGAAAAUACCUCGAUUUUUGCCAAAAUUUAGUCCAGUAAACAAAGACACGUGAAUAUUAGGAAAAAUUUCGUAGAAUUGAACGAAGUU